AUGAGUGCUCUUCAUGAAGCAUGCCGAAAUGGUGAUUUUGAAAUAGUUCAACAAUUGUUACCAACAUUGUCUAUCGAUAAAAUCAACCAAGUCGAGCUCAGUGGUACUACAAGUCUUCAUGCUGUUUGUAGUUUUAAUCAUCCUCGUAUUGUCAAACUUUUACUAGAUCAUAGAGUCGUUCGAUCGCUAUUGAAUAAAGAUGGACGUACUGCCAUGGAAGAAGUCGCUAUAGGACAAACACAAAUAUUCUCGCGAUCUCUGUUCAGAAAAAAAUAA